ACUUUGCGUCAUUCUCUUCAUUAAGAUGGCGCGGAAUUUGUACUUGAAUAGCGAAGCGUCUUCUAGUCUUAGCGGUAAACUCUCUCAAAACACUGUAAAAUAAGUUUCAAAACCUGUUUACUCUCAGACGCAAAGUGUGUUUCUUGUCUGAAUUGUUAGUUUCAUUACUUGUUUUUCUCGCUUAAACGCAGACUCUACGUUAUUGUAGUGUAAACGCUAGUUAGCAAACAAGCUAACAUGAGAUAGUUUGUUGACAACUUUAUCAAACCCGUCUAGAUCAUCCACCAUGGAGGAUAACUUGUCUUCUUCAGAGGUGUCUGACGUUUCUAAGUUGUCCUUUCUCCAGAGGACGUUGGAGCGGGGAUCCUCGUCUAAGUGUCUCAAACUGCGGGGUGGAGAAGUCUGUGUCGCUGUCAUUUCUGUACAGAGAUACUUAUCCGAGCAAAGCGAUGGGCAGCAGGGUGACAGCUACAGCUACGACGUGACCAUCACGGAUGGUGUGUGGCGAACCAAAUGUUUUCUUCACACCAGUUUGAACCAUCUGGUGCAAACAAACACCCUGAGGACUGGGAGGGACAUCAGCAUCACACAGUGCUCCUUUGUUUACAAUGAGAGGAGUCUGGGACCCGGUUACAUCUGUAUUGAAGAGCUCACAUGUGGUGCGGACAGGUCUGUUGUCCUAUCCUCUGUUAAAGAUGUCAGUGCUCUACCCAUGCUGGUCCAACACGGUAUGAAGAGGGGCGUGGAGCUGCUCAGUGAUGUUCCUCUGAAGGCGAGCCGUAAACAUUACCUGUCUCUGUGGAACAAUGACGAUCCAGAGGGAGACACCUGGAUCCCGGGGUCUCCCUCAACUAACACACCGCUGGAUGGUAAGACUCUCUCUCUCUGUCUUUCUGAUCGGUUUGCAUGGGUUUCAUACACUGACCAGUAGGGUUGCAAAGGGGCGGAAAAUUCCUGUAAAUUUCCAGAAACUUUCCAUGGAAAGUUUUGAUAGAUAGACAGACAGACAGACAGACUUUAUUGAUCCCAAACUGGGAAAUUGUCAUGUUACAGCAGCAAAAAUUAAGCUGGGGAAUAUUUCAAAUUGGACACUUUUUAUGGGAAUUUUUGGAAAUUAUGGGAAUUAUUGGUAUUUUAUGUGAAUUAACUGUAAAUUGGGUUAAUUGGCAAUUCAAACAAACUCUAUCAUAUCCAAACAUAAAUGUAAAUAUUUUUAUUUUGUCAUAAGUAGACAUCCGUGUAAAAUAUUACAAUUAAAAAACGUUUCAGCAGAUUUAUUUGAGUGGUGAUGGCCUUGGCGAAUGAGGCAUUUUUCUGUAGGAUAAAAUAACAAAAAGCUUGUAAAAUCACUAAUGCAAUGCUAUGAACAAAAAUAUAGUUGGCUAAACAACUGGUAUGGUCUUCAAAAUAUUUGACAAUUGAUGUAUAAAUUAUUGUUUGGUUUUAGAAAACCAUCUUGCAGGCGUCAGAAGAAACAGCAUCACAUUUGAGGUAGCUACCACCACCAUGAUAAACUAGCCCCAUAAAUGGUCAAUGAAAUGAAAAAUAGCUUACAUUUAGCACAUACACACGUGGACAAAAUUGUUGGUACCCCUCAGUUAAAGAAGGAAAAACCCACAAUUCUCACUGAAAUCACUUGAAACCUACAAAAGUAACAAUAAAUAAAAAUUUAUUGAAAAUUAAAUAAUCAAAAUCAGCCAUUACGUUUGAAAUGUUGAUUAACAUAAUUAUUUAAAAAAAACAAACUAAUGAAAUAGGGCUGGACAAAAAUGAUGGUACCUCUAUAAAAGAUUGAAAACUAUUUGACCAGAGUGACAUGAUUAACUCAGGUGUGUCCUUUAAUUGACAUCACAGGUGUUUCCAAACUCAUAAUCAGUCAGUCUGCCUAUUUAAAGGGAGACAAGUAGUCACUCUGCUGUUUGGUGAAAAGGUGUGUACCACACUGAACAUGGACAACAGAAAGCGAAGGAGAGAAUUGUCCCAGGACAUCCGAAAAAAAAUUAUAGACAAACAUCUUAAAGGUGCAGGCUAUAAGACCAUCUCUAAACAGCUUGAAGUUCCUGUGACAACAGUGGCUCAUAUUAUUCAGAAGUUCAAGACCCACGGGACAGUAGCCAACCUCCCUGGAUGUGGCCGCAAGAGGAAAAUUGAUGACAGAUUGAAGAGACAGAUCGUUCGAAUUGUAUCCAAAGAGCCCAGGACAACCUCCAAAGAAAUUAAAGGUGAACUCCAAGGCCAAGGUACAUCAGUGUCAGAUCGCACCAUUCGUCGUUGUUUGAGCCAAAGUGGACUUCAUGGGAGACGACCAAGGAGGACACCACUGCUGAAAAAAAAUCAUAAAAAAGCGAGACUGGAAUUUGCAAAAAUGCAUGUUGACAAGCCACAAAGCUUCUGGGAGAAUGUCCUUUGGACAGAUGAGACCAAACUGGAGCUUUUUGGUAAGGCACAUCAACUCUAUGUUCAUAGACUCAAAAACCAAGCAUACGAAGAAAAGAACACUGUCCCUACGGUGAAACAUGGAGGAGGCUCAGCAAUGUUUUGGGGCUGCUUUGCUGCAUCUGGCACAGGGUGUCUUGAAUGUGUGCAAGGUAAAAUGAAAUCUGACGACUAUCAAGGCAUUCUGGAGAGAAAUGUGCUGCCUAGUGUCAGAAAGCUUGGUCUCAGUCGCAGGUCAUGGGUCUUCCAACAGGACAACGAUCCAAAACACACAGCCAAAAACACCCAAGAAUGGCUGAGAGAAAAGCGUUGGACUAUUCUAAAGUGGCCUUCCAUGAGCCCAGAUCUGAAUCCCAUUGAACAUCUGUGGAAGGAGCUGAAACAUGCCAUUUGGAGAAGACACCCAUCAAACCUGAGACAACUGGAGCAGUUUGCUCAUGAGGAGUGGGCCAAAAUACCUGUUGACAGCUGCAGAACGCUCAUUGACAAAUACAGAAAUCGUUUAAUUGCAGUGAUUGCCUCAAAAGGUUGUGCAACAAAAUAUUAAGUUAUGGGUACCAUCAUUUUUGUCCAGCCCUAUUUCAUUAGUUUGUUUUUUUUAAAUAAUUAUGUUCAUCAACAAUUCAAAAGUAAUGGCUGAUUUUGAUUAUUUAAUUUUCAAUACAUUUUUAUUUAUUGUUACUUUUGUAGGUUUCAAGUGAUUUCAGUGAGAAUUGUGGGUUUUUCCUUCUUUAACUGAGGGGUACCAACAAUUUUGUCCACGUGUGUAUUUUAUUUAAUUUUUGCAAGUUAAAUAUUAACUCUAUUAUAGAUCAAAUAUAUUUACCCCAUAAUGUUAUCAAAACUUACUUGACUUUAUAUAGUCUGUGGGCUCAAAUCAUGUCUUGUGCUCUAGGCUCAAAAGUGUGGCCUCCAGGGUUCAAGAAAUCAUCUGUGCGUGUGAUGGAGGAAUGCACAGUACAUGUAGGGGUUGUGGCCUCAAUAGCCCUGCAGUAUGCAGCGUGCUGUGUGCAUGUGAUUGAGCAGUGUACUAAAUCUAUAAUAUAUUUCUCACACUAUAUUUAAGUUCCCUGUUGAGGGCCAACCUUCAAUUUUGUAAAUUUAAGAUUUAUUUCCAUUAACUCUUGUUAAUUCCUGUUAAUUCCCAUGGAAAGUCUCCAACUUUGAAAAUUCCCGGUAUUUUGCAACCCGACUGACCAGCCAUAACACUUAGGACACCUGGUCUGAAAGGUGAAAAAUGAUCUGUACGUUGAUCAUUCGAGUUAUAGGUGGUGCAUGUUGUGUGCUGGAGUGUGUUAUAUUGAGAGGUGUUUGUAAUAUUUUGCUUUAUUUUGAUGAAGUGGAUAAAAUUGUUAUGAAUCCCCUUCAAUAUGACAUACUCUUUUACACCACCACUAUCCACUACAUCUUCAGUUAUCAGUGUAAAGUACAAUGUCUGAUCAUGUCAACAAAAAGUUAAAAAAAUUAGAAGCUUUAUGAAAGUAGAAUUUAUCUAAGCUGUUGAAUCAGAUUGCAAACGUAUUAUGGCUAGUCUGUGAGUCCAUUUUGAAAACCAUCUUAACUCUCCAAAUAUGUCGUCCACACUGUCUCUUUCUCCACAGUAUCCAAGCUUACUCCUCUCAGUAGCCUGGAGUCAUCCCUUCAUCAGGGUUGGAAACCCCUACCUCUUCUAGUGAGGAUAAUACACAAAUCCAAAUUACGCUACUAUGGGAGGUUUGGGCCCAAAGUUGAUUACCCCUUUCAGGUGAGGACUGUCCAAUAAUUUGUAGUAAAAGUCCCAGUUUCAUAUUUCUUAUUACUCUUUCACUGUUGAUAUGUUAUAACAAAGACUCUUGUUGUGUUGUGAUUUUCAGGCUUACUUUGAAGUUGCUGACCAGAGUGGGAUUACAUCUCUGGUGCUUUGGAAUGAUCUCUGUCUAGAGUUUUACCAGAGACUGACUGUCGGCACGGUGUUGUAUCUGCAGAACUAUUUCCUGAGGAAGAGUUAUUCAAAGAGAUCACGCCCAUACAUGGACCAUUACAGAAUGAAGAUCUUCACUUCUGUUGGUAUGCACAAAUGUCACUGAUCUUAGUCUUUGAAUUUUUGCAUGCAGUAACCAUCUGUGGCUUAAAAGUGGCAUCAUCUGUCCAGAAUUUUAAUAUGUCAAUCACUUGCUGAAUAACUGGCCACACCUUUUUCAGCUGCUGGAAUAUGUUUUUCAUAUGGAAUGUGUCCUCUUGUGUAUUUUUCUCAGAAAUCUCCCUGGACCCUCGAUCAGCAGUCAUCACUGUGGUCUCACCAAAGGGGGUUCUGCCUCAGUGGAGGCUGCCCGAGGUUUCAUACCAGUUCACCACCAGGUGCAGUCAUUUGCAGUGUGUCAUUAUCUAUCAUUACCGAGCACUUACAGUGUGUGCGCUGUUAUAUCUUUAUUGUUCAGAUUCUUAAUGCCAUAAAAUGCACAUUUUCAUUUUUAUAGUUCGUUACUCUGUUAAUGUUGUCAUUUGACGCAGAGCCAUGAUGAUUUGAGCUUUGUUUAUAAAGUGUGUUUUGGGACUCACUUCUUCUUCACAUUUGAAUAGUGGACUUAAUUAAACAAUUCGAAUCUUCUUUCAAAGCUCAUAUUUUAAAGUUUUCCCGCUCAUUUUAAGUGCGUUAUUUGAAUCUUCUUUCAUAUUGCUGCUGACCCGUUUUAUUCUUUUACUUGUAUUUAUUUGCAGUUAAUUUGAUGUAUUUUAAAAGCUAAUAGAUUGAGUAUGAGUGCUAUAAAUUAACCAAUGUAUAAAAAUUAUUUAUUAUGUCUCUCCAACUGCUACAGGUCAGAGUUGGAAACAUUGUCCAACAAUUCAGCGUGCGAUGUCAUUUGCUUGGUGACAUUUGUUGGUCGUGUUGAAAGAGUCAAGAGUAAAUACCCUGCAGGUGAGAAAUGUCCAUGUUUUAACUCUGAACUGGAAACAUCUUUUGCGUAUGAAUUGAAGGAGAUCAAGUGUUGAAGAUCGAGUUUGUUCACCUUUUAAGGGCCGGAAAAAUUCUGGACCUAUCGCUGGAUUCAUGGAUUUGACGGGACCUCUGAGCAACCUUUCAUCCUGGAAGUUUUUUCCUCAUCUCAGCCAGACGUCUACAGUCAGCUGGGUCCCAGUAAGUCAACUUUGUGUGUGUGUGUGUGUGUGUGUGUGUGUGUGUGUGUGUGUGUGUGUGUGUGUGUGUGUGUGUGUGUGUGUGUGCUCCUAUCAAACAGAUGAGUGCUACACCUGUGAAUAUUUUCACUCACUCACUCUGAUUGCACCAUCAUCUCUUCCUCAGUGGCAUAUCUGGUGUGCACUCAGAUGAGAGUGUGUCAUGUGGAAGGUUCUUUGCUGUAUCUCACAAGCAGCAAUGAGACUGAGUCGUUCAUCACAGGUGAGAUGUAACUAAUAGUACCUAAUAUUCAAGUACAAGGUAACAGUACUGGGAUCUAAACCAUCAAUAAUGUUUCAACACAACAGGUUACCAUAAAGGUCGGCCAUAUGUGAGUGAUCCCAAAGUGAAAAGCUUCAUCACAUGGACCAAAACUCUCAAGGACGACGUUUUCCUCCAGAAGUCAACAGUUGGUGGUCACUACUGCUACCCUCACCCCCCACUGAACUACACCCAGUCAAUGACAGAUACCCCGUCCCCAGGUAAGAGAAAACCAAUCUCUGUUUUGUUCAGAGGACAUAAUCUCACACCUGAGGUUUGUUUGCCUGUAAAUGUAGCACAGAUUCAUUUCAGGAAACACUGAUUAGCCUCAGACUGUGUAAUGGAGUGAUGAACCCCUCUGUAGUGCUGGAACAUAAUGAGAUUCACUCUGUUCUCUUGUGGGUGGCAGAAAUCACAUCGAAUCUGGGUCAAUUUCUCUCGCAGACCUGCAACAAGAAGAAACAGUGCUCUGCACAGUUCAGAUAAAUCCUCCUCUAUCUGUAUGUGAGUGUAAGAGCUUGUCUUUUUAACCACCCACAAGAAGACAAGUUAAACAGUCUGCCUGGAAGCAGUGUAGCAACAGACCUGCAGACCCCUUUUCUUUGGUUAAAGGCCAAUCAUCAGCAAAGUGAUUGAUUAAACUGUGAUGUGUCUACUUAAGUCAGCAUAAAACCUUCACUCUCGUUUCAGCUCAAGCCACUCUGGUUUCUGUGGCUGACUUGAAGAAGGAGUUAGAGACCCUUCACUACAGAGAGCACAAAAGACUUGCGAUUCAAGGACAGAUCACAGCGGUGCGCUACAUAAAACACCCAAAAACCACAGAGUCCACGGGAACAGAUAGGACUGAGGUAUGAAACCCAGUUUAAGAGCAUCUUUUAAACAUGAGGAAACGUCUGAGGUUUAAUCGACUCGUGUUUUACAGGUGUCAAAUGUUCCUGCUGAUGUGUGUGAAUCAGACACACAUAGUCAUCCGUCUACUGCUGAGCAGACAUCGAUGGCUGAGAAAACCUCAGCCAGCAAGAGAAAAAGAGGACAAAAGUUGGUGAAUGAUUUAACUCAUGACCACAUUUUCAGUCUGAUAUGGAAUAAUUAAGCGUGUUUUCACAGCUAGUAGGAGCACAUUGCUGCCAAAAACCAGCAUUUGAUUCAUGAGAUUCAAGAAAUAUAUCAGCAUGUUUUCUAGCGGAGUCACAAAGUCCUCCUUGAGCUGUGAGCAUUCACCUUCAGAGUUCAUAAGUACAAACAAAACCGGAAACCCCUCGAGCUCAUGUUUGUCUGAUGUUUGCAGGAGAGCUUAUGAGAAAAUCACAGAGGGAGGAGAACAAGACCAGGAAGAAGAAAGUUACUCCGAUCCUGAGGAGGUUCAGGAGUUUGAAUCUCACUCACAUCUUCAAAAUGAGGAACGAGGUACAAAGCUGGAGCUACAUCCGUGUCGCCAUGCACCUGAUGUGUCCAGACUAAAUGAGCGUUUGUUCUCAUCACCAGACUCAGACGCGUUAUCCUGGGAAAGCAGCGGCUGGUCGCAACAAAAAGAAGAACUGUGGGAACACUUGUGUCAUGGUGGUCUGAACCAGGUUAGCUUGUGUCAGAGGUUCACGAUCGACGAUAAAGACAUCCUCCUGCAGCAGAGUAACCUUCAGCCGGCACGGUGGACACCUGAGAACAACACUGGCCCCACCUCACCUCUGACCGAUUCAGGAUACUACCAAGUUACUAUUUUAGGUAGAGUUUUAUUGGAGACUACGUUUGAACAGCUUGGUGUUUUUCCACAGGGCUAUCUUUAUUUAACAGAUGUAGGCCUUGGGAUUGAAAGGGCAAAGAUUGGCGUCUAACUGGGUUAGUCUUGAAUACAUCUACAGCGAGCUGACCCCUGUGUUUAUUGUAUUACAUCAUCAGUGAGGCUUGUUGAAGUUUGGUCCUGCAGUCAGAGGUAACAACUCUGCAGCUUUCACUCAGCUUCCUGAAAGGCUGACACACUUCUGGGUUGGACUGAGUGGCAGACAGCAGCAUGAAAAAUAGGAUUAAUGGUUUUAGAUUGUCGACAAAGACUCUGAGGACUUUUAAAUUGUCUCUUCCUGUGCCCCCUUGAUAGGCAUGAACAAGGAGAUAGCCGUCGAUGCAGUAUUUUCUCCCAUCGUGAGUGCAGAGGAGCCCAGGGCUGUUGGCCUCCCUCAGGAUCCCCAUGGCAACACAAUGCUGUCCUGCCUUUCGUCAGGUUUCCUCUGUCCUCUCAAUGACCCUGCAAACCACAGCGAAGUGAUGCAUCCUGAGCCGGGUAGACACCAAGCAGCUGUCUGAAACUGUUUUGUCAUUAGUAUGACACUUUUCUGUUUGAUGAUAAUGUGAAUGUUUUUGUGUUGCAGCAGAGGUGUUGAUGACCGCCAGUGAGCUGGAGGACACACAUGUCGUGUGUGUUCUGGACCUCUGUCAUCUGGGUGGAGAUCAGAUAGAAGUAUUUGUAUCAAAGGUGUACAAAGUAAGCUAAGUUUGUUUGGAUUAAGAUGUACAGGUGAGCAAGACUUAACUGUACUAGAAUUUACUGUCAAUAUAUCAGCAUUUACUGUUUAUAUGUUCAUAAAGUUAUAUUUGAAGAGCUUUCAAAUGCUGUUACUGUAAAGACCAGACUUUAACACUUGUAAAUUUACUGAUAUAAAUAUUUUUUUCCAUGUACAGUGAACGCACUUAUUUCUUGAAUCCUGUCUUUAUAUCUUUGAAAUAGUGAAGUGUUUUGUUAUCCAUUAAAUAUGGAGAAGCUUUUGUA